CCCCCCCCCCCCUCUCACUAUACAUUUCUCACCUGAAAAAACAAGAAAGAAAUGGAGAACUUAGUAAUAAUACGAAGCAUCUCAAAAUCUCCACUAACAACCCAAAGCAAGCAAGAGAGUCAAUCAGAAUUCUCACAAAAACCCAUCAAAUCGUCAAUCUCCUUCGCCAAAAAUCCUCUCCCAAAAUUCAUCGACUCCCACUUGGACUCCCUCUGCAAAAACGGAAGCUUAAACGAUGCCGUAACAGUUCUUGACUCCGUAGCUCAACAAGGGUCCAAGGUAACACCCAGGACUUACAUGAAUUUACUCCAAUCUUGCAUCGACACCAAUUCUAUUAAUCUGGGACGAAAGUUUCAUGCUCGGAUUAGUGUCGUGCAGGAAAAAUCUCCAGUUAUCGAAACUAAGUUAGUUAGUAUGUAUGCGAAAUGUGGGUAUUUAAGGGAUGCACGCAAGGUGUUUGAUGAAAUGUCUGAGAGAAGUUUGUUCACGUGGUCGGCGAUGAUCGGUGCGUGUUGUAGAGAGAAGAGGUGGAAGGAAGUUGUGGAGCUUUAUUAUAUGAUGAUGAAAGAUAAUGUUUUGCCUGAUGGGUUUUUGUUACCUAAGAUAUUGCAAGCGGUUGGGAAUUGUCGGGAUGUAAAGACUGGAGAAUUGUUGCAUUCUUUUGUGGUUAGAUGUGGGAUGGGAAGUUCUCCGCGUGUUAAUAAUUCGAUUUUGGCUGUGUAUUCAAAGUGUGGGAAGUUGAGUUUAGCGAGGAGGUUUUUUGAGAGCAUGGAUGAGAGAGAUAUAGUGGCUUGGAAUGCUAUGAUGUCUGGUUAUUGUUUGAAGGGUGAGGUUGAGGAAGCACAUCGAUUAUUUGAUGCAAUGUGUGAAGAAGGGAUUGAACCGGGUUUAGUUACUUGGAAUAUAUUGAUUGCUGGUUAUAACCAGAAAGGGCAAUGUGAUGUUGCGAUGAAUUUGAUGAAGAAGAUGGUCAGUUUUGGGGUUAGCCCUGAUGUUGUUGCAUGGACUUCUAUGAUUUCGGGGUUUGCUCAAAAUAACAGGAACGGUCAGGCGUUGGAUUUGUACAAGGAGAUGAUUUUGGCAGGGGUUGAACCAAAUGGAGUUACCAUUACGAGUGCUUUAUCAGCUUGUGCAUCUUUGAAGGUGUUGAAUACGGGGUUGGGAAUUCAUUCCCUUGCUGUUAAGAUGAGUUUUGUUAAUGAUGUGCUAGUUGGGAAUUCACUCAUUGACAUGUACUCGAAGUGUGGGCAGCUGGGUGCUGCUCAGCUGGUAUUUGAUUUGAUGUCAGAGAAGGAUCUUUAUACGUGGAACUCAAUGAUUGGAGGAUAUUGUCAAGCUGGAUAUUGUGGCAAGGCCUAUGUGCUAUUCACGAAGAUGCAGAAGUCUCAGGUACAACCUAAUGUUGUUACUUGGAAUACAAUGAUAUCGGGAUAUAUUCAAAGUGGUGAUGAGGACCAAGCCAUGGAUCUCUUUCAUAGGAUGGAGAAGGAGGGAGAAAUCAAGCGGGAUAAUGCAUCAUGGAACUCUCUGAUAGCUGGUUUUAUGCAAAUUAGGAAAAAAGACAAGGCAUUAGGCAUAUUUCGACAAAUGCAAUCUUUCUGCAUUAGUCCCAACCCUGUUACCAUUUUGAGCAUGUUACCAGCUUGUGCAAGUUUAGUUGCGCUAAAAAAAGUCAAAGAGAUCCAUGGUUGUGUGUUGCGCAGAAAUCUAGUUUCUGUUCUCUCUAUUUCAAACUCCCUUAUUGACACAUAUGCCAAAUCAGGGAAAAUAGAAUAUUCAAGAGCAAUAUUUGAUAGAAUCCCAUCCAAAGAUUUCAUCACUGUGAACUCAAUGAUUACUGGGUAUGUCUUACAUGGUUGUUCAGACUCUGCGCUUGGUCUCCUUGAUCAGAUGAGAGAGUUGGGACUUAAACCCAACAGAGGUACUCUUGUGAAUAUUAUCCUUGCGCACAGUCUUGCUGGAAUGGACGGCGAGAAGAAACCGGUGGCUGUUGGACCAUGGGGUGGUCAAGAAGGAUUUCUUUGGGAUGACGGAGUACACUCCACAGUAAAACAGCUGGUGAUAGCCCAUGGAGCAGGUAUUGACUCCAUCCAGGUAGAGUAUGAUAGGAAAGGGACUUCAGUAUGGUCACAGAUCCAUGGUGGCAAUGGAGGCAUGAAAACAACGGUCAAGCUUGACUGCCCAGAUGAGUUUCUUACUUCAGUCCAUGGAUAUUAUGGCAGUUUGGAUGGUUGGGGCCCUGUAUUUGUUCGCUCACUCACAUUUCGAAGCAACAAGAAAACUUAUGGACCAUUUGGUGUUGAGCAAGGAACUUAUUUUUCAUUUCCAAUGUCCGGGGGAAAGAUUGUUGGGUUCCAUGGGAAGAGCGGCUGGUACCUUGAUGCAAUUGGCAUAUAUUUGAAACCUCUACAGAAACAGAAGACCUCGAAAGCUCUGGUCCAAUCAAAAAGUUACAUUAACAACGGGACUGAGAAUAUUAGCUAUUCGAUGAUGCAGGGUGCAGGAAAUGGUUUUGAUAUAUUUGUUGCAGUAAAGCAGAAGGAUGAUUUUGGCAAAUUCUCAACUCAAAAUUCUCUAGAGUACAGCAGUGGGGGAACCAAUAGAAAGGAUGAUUUUGGCAGCCCUCUGCCUAGCAAACUCUCAAGACAAAUUUCUCGAGAGUUCAGUGACUCAGAAAGCAACAAAAACGAUGAUUUUGGCAGCCUUCUGCCAAGGAUGCUUUCAACACCAAUCUCUCGAGAACUCAGCGAUGCAGGAACUAACAAGACAAUUGCUACCGAAAGGGUGCCCUCAAAAACUGAAGGGGUGAUUGUACAUGGACCCUGGGGUGGUGUUGGUGGUUCCAAGUUUGACGAUGGAACCUACACUGGAAUUAGGCAAAUCCAUUUAUCACGCCAUGUUGGAAUUGCAUCCAUAAGAGUUCAAUAUGAUCGUGAUGGGCAGGCUACAUGGGGAAGCAAACAUGGAAAAGGUGGAGGAUUUAAAUCAGACAAGAUAAUCUUUGACUAUCCAUAUGAAAUACUCACACGGGUGACAGGAACGUACGGACCCUUAAUGUACAUGGGGCCUAAUAUUAUCAGGUCUCUUACUUUCUACACAAACAAAGGGAAGCACGGGCCAUUUGGAGAAGAACAAGGUCCCACCUUCACGAACAAAAUUGAUGAAGGGAAAAUCAUAGGAUUCCACGGGAGGGAGGGUUUUCUUCUUGACGCUAUUGGGGUACAUGUGUUGGAAGGAACAGUAAAACCAGCAAAGCAUCACCUUUCUGAUGCAAUUAAACAAGCUGAAGCAGAUGUUGCUGAGAUAGAUAAUUCUCCAUGGUCUAAUAAACUAGUAGCAGCAAGACCAGGCCAAACCGAGGAGGUUGUUUGUGGGGUGAUAAAAGAGCCAGCUCCAUGUGGACCGGGUCCUUGGGGUGGAGAUGGAGGUCGGCCAUGGGAUGAUGGAGUAUUUUCUGGGAUUAAGCAGAUAUUUAUUACCAGAGCAGAAGCUAUGUGUUCAAUACAGAUUGAGUAUGAUCGAAAUGGCCAAUCUGUUUGGUCUAUAAAACAUGGAGGCAAUGGAGGAACUGCCACACAUAGGGUGAAAUUGCAGUGCCCCCAUGAAGUGCUUGUAUGUUUAUCAGGAUAUUAUGGUCCCAUCGGUAGUGAUGGGAAUAGUCCUAAAGUUAUCAAGUCACUUACUUUUCAUACUAGUCGAGGAAAUUACGGUCCAUUCGGUGAAGAAAUUGGAACAUUUUUCACUUCAACUACGACUGAGGGCAAGGUUGUUGGCUUCCAUGGAAGAAGCAGCGCAUACAUGGAUGCCAUCGGUGUCCAUAUGCAACACUGGCUAGGAAAUCACAGAUCCCCGAAGCCUUCUUCUCUGUUUAAGAUCUUCAGUUGAUCCAUAACAAAAAAUGGUUUAUCAGCAUUCUCGAACUAUAAAUCCAUAUUUCAUGUGUGAUAGAUAUUGCGUUUUGUAGUUCAAAGGUUGACCUCAUCCCGGAUUCUGUCAUUGACACUAUAUCCUCUAUUGUGUUUCUGUUCUAAAAAAUAAAAAACUUUUCUUUCCGGAUUCAA